AUGCACUACAAGCUUGUGAGGGCUAUCUCCAGUAGCCUGGCCCAGGAGAGGCCUGGGUAUCUGUUUUGCCUACCAGAUCAGGGGUUCUUCAAGUCUUCAGUGCAUGGCAGCUUGCAUCUCCCGCUGACUCCUGCCAAGCUGGACGCCUCCGAAUCCUGUGAGGAGGCUGCCAGAUACCCCCCAGCGUGCUUCAGUGAUAUCCAAGUGCCUGACCUCAAACCCACAGCCAAGGACAAUGACAAACACAUUGUGUCAGUGGAGAACAGCCGCCAUGUCAAAGAUGCUUCUACAAUCACAGAUGUGUGCACCAAUGGGGACGUCCCAGAGGUGGAGAUCAUCAGCCUGCUGCAGGAACAGCUCCCCCAUUAUACUCUGCGAGCCGACACCAUGUUUGGAUAUGAGCACGAUGACUGGCUGCACACCCCUCUGCUGCCGCCUGAUUUGCUCUUGCGCCUCACCCCCGAGCAGAUAGAGGAAACCUUAAAAUAUUUCCUCUUGUGUUCUGAGCGUGUGGGCAGAGUGACCAAGACCUAUCGGGACAUAGAUGCUGUGACCAGUCUGCUUGAGGAGAAAGAGAGAGACCUGGAGCUCGCUGCCCGUAUUGGGCAAUCUCUUUUGAAGCAGAAUCAAGAACUGACAGCGAGAAAUGAGUUUCUGGAGGAACAACUGGAGGCUGCCAAAGAGGAGGUCUUUCAGCUGCGACAUGACAUCUCAAUGCGGGAGGAUCUUCUCCAUCUUUAUACCGGCAAUUCGGACAGUGAUCCAGUGUCCGCAACUUCUACUCCGUUGCGUAGGAAUCAGUCAUCAUUUUGUCUUCAACAAAAUAUUCAUCUGGAUACACUGGAGCAGAAGCUCAAGAGCUUGGAAGAUGACAACCGGAAGAUGCGCAGUGAGGCCGAUCAUAUACUUGAAGCUACCAAUGAGUAUGAGGAGCAGGAGGGGUCCUUGAUGCUGGACUGUGUCGAACAAUUCUCUGAGGCCAGCAGACAGGUGGCAUUGCUGGCAGAAGAGUUAGCGCGAAGGGGAGAAGAUGGAGUCCGACAGCAGGAGGAGAUCAGCCAGCUCCUGGCACAGAUAGUAAAUCUACAGCAGAAGUGCCGCAGUACCUCUACAGAGAAUGAAGAACUGCAGCAACAUCUGGCCGCUGUGAAGGAACGAGAGCGUCUCCUGAAAACGGAGCUUCAGUAUCUGCAGGAGAAACAGAAAGAAUGCCAGGACAUGUUAAGUGAAGCCCAGGAAGAGUUAAAGAACCAGCGGAACCGAAGUCUGCCCAACAGCACCAUCAGCAGAUACAGCACCUUGAACAUCUUCCCCCUGGAUUCCUUAGCUGCGGAGAUUGAAGGAACAAUGAAAAAAGGCAUUGAUGCUUCCUCAGAACUCAAGAGCUACAAGCGAGUGUUUGAGACGGUCAAAGCUGCCAACCAAGUGGUGAGGACCAGAUCUCGUUGCCCGUCCCCUCAGAAUAUAACAGGCUCUCAAGCUCCCUCACAGAGGCCAUCUGCUGCACCGAGUCGUGUUGGUACUCCAACAAUGAGCUUCUGUGAGUCAGAGGGUGCCAGCAUGGUGCUAGUGGAGGAGGAGACCCUACUUCCUGUAGACAGUGAAUCUUCUGUUCUUGGAGGGAAGAAGUUGGGAACCCCUGGUACACCUGGGGGCACAGACCUGGCAGCAGCUCUUCAGAGACUCAGUGCUCAGCAGGAUUCUCAAUCUCAGGACAGCUUUUUCGAACACAGGGAACAGAAGAUGCAACAACAUGAUGAGACAAAUAGUGGGUUCCUUACCCCAAAUGAGAGUAUCCUAUCCACUGGCACCAAUUACUCUGGCAUCUCUGAGGCCACUGGCAGCUCAAGUUUCUCUUUGGGUUCGAGGUCCUACCUACCAGAGAAGUUGCAGAUAGUGAAGCCUAUAGAAGGAUCAGCAACCCUCCUGCAUUGGCAGCAGUUAGCGAAGCCCAACUUAGGUGGCAUUCUGGAUCCUCGGCCUGGUGUGUUAACCAAAGACUUCCAGGAAUUGGACAUCGAUGUUGAAGAUGUCUACAACCUCAACGACUUUGAGGAGGACGACCUGGAGCCUAUAUCUUUUGAAGCCAUUGCUACAUCCACUCCAACCAAAAACAAACCACUUAAAAGCAUGUUCCGUUCUGUUAACAACCUUCCCCAGACUCCAUCUACGUACACUAUUACCACAUGUCGUAUGUCACACCCUCUGCAGGACAUUACACAGGUCACCUCCAGUCUUCGUACAGUACUUUCCUCGUGUGGUAGCUUUGAGAGCCUGAGUUCCUUCAGCCUUGAACCUCACAAAGACAUGCCCGUAGUAACCCCUCUCCCACCAAGGAAUGAUCAACCCAUCUCUGGACGCAACACUCCCUUCGGAUUAGUUACCCUCUUAAAAGAACAUGGUAUAUCUGCCACUGCAGACCCCAGCAGCAAAACCUCAACUGAAGCUGAAGUUAGGCCACCUGCACCUUUUGCAUACCCACCUAUCUUUCAAUUGGGUUGGGGUAGGACUUUAAGAGGUCUAGGCUUUGGAAGAUCUGUUGUGGACAGUGCUUCAGUGAAUGAGACACAAGAUAAUGGUGCUACGCAUAAAAGCAUCUUCAGUAUAAACCUGGUGGAACAGUUACGGAGACUUGGCUUGAAUCAGGUUGUGGAGAGGGGUAUUGCAUCUUUUCAAAAGACAACAGAAGCCAAGAACCCUUCAAGCUGAUUCCAUAAACCGUGACUGAACAGAAUGAAAAUCAAUUUGCACUGACUGUUGUAGGACAAUAUAUUCUGCCAUGUGGAUGCCACAAUACCUUUUUUUUUUAGCUUGCAUGUUCUGCUAGAAGGAUGUGGUGGUAGAAG